GGUGCCGAAACGGCACGGUCGUUCAUUUGUGGUUGUUUGAUUGGCAUUUCGGUUAGCCUAUCAGCUUAAUCACACAAUGCUUUGGCGAAGUGAGUCGGGCAGAUCUCAGCGCUUGGGGAGAGAGCCAGACGAACGAAUCUUUCAUGGAGAGGCCUCGGCUCAGUUCGUUCAUUCGAAGGAUUCGUUCGAAAAGACUGUCCAUCAGUAGUGCUCAUGUUUUAGCACAUUUUAGUGAUACUGGUGACUCCACUGCUUUGGUGAAGGUGCUCCCAAAUGCUCUUUUUAAACGUAUUCAAAUUAGUUUGCCUAGGGCCCCCAGCUCUGUUACGCAAAAAUACGCUCAGCGAGCACUUUAUUAGGUGUUUAUUAGACUUCUGCUGCUGUAGCCUAUCCGCUUAAGAGGUUUGAUGCGUUGUGUGUUCAGCGAUUGCUCUUCUGUAUGCCACUGUUUUAAUGUGUGGUUAUUUGCGUUACUGUCACCGUCCUGUCAGCUUUGACCAGUCUGGCCCUUCUCUGCUGACCUCUCGCAUUAACACGGGAUAGUGAGUAUGAGUGUUCUUUACUUGAGGGUAAAUGGUAAUGGUUGGCAUUUAUAUAGCGCCUUUAUCCAAAGCACUGUACAAUCGAUGCUUCUUUUCACCUAUCCAUACACACACUCACACACACCACCGGCGAUUGGCUGCCAUGCAAAGCACCAGCCAGCUCGUCGGGAGCAUUUAGGGAUUAGGUGUCUUGCUCAGGGACAUUUCGACACAGCCAGGAAAAUAAAAAGUGAUUCACACUCUGCAACGGUUUGAAACGGCAAUAUUUCAUUUGCAUCCGGUCGGCAUUCAUUUUCUCGGAAUGUUCGGAAGUAUAAAGAUGAAAUUUGAAAACUUCUAUGCCUUUCGACUGGAAGCACUUCAGUAGUCCAUCUCCACGUAUAAUGUGGAGAAAAAUCCAGCCACGUAAAUUGCUUGAAUGCCUGUGCUACAAGUCAUACUUUUUCACAUGAACUAUUUAUUUGGGUGAAUAUGCUGCUUGACAGGAAACACCCAUGAUUAAGAUUUGGUUUUUAAAGGUUUUAAAAGCAGUAGCUGAAGUUAGUAACCUGUUUAUUUUGGCUGCACACUGUUUUUACAAUGUCAGCUCAAGACUAUGACGAAGUGACUGCAUUUCUGGGAGAAUGGGGAUCUUUUCAAAAAUGGAUUAUGUUACUCCUCGGUAUCAGCGUAAUACCAAAUGGGUUGUCAAUGUUUUCCGUCGUAUUCAUCGCUGACACGCCAGCUCACCACUGCGUGAUACCACCAAAUGCCAAUAUUAGCGCAGAAUGGAGAAACUAUUCUAUUCCACUGGAAGAGGAUAAUAGGGAGAUGCGGUACAGCAAAUGCACCCGUUACAAAUUGGACGUAAUACAACGUCUUUCGGACAAUGGCUCCGUGCCUGGAAUUGACGUGAAUGUUACUGAAAUAGAACAGGAAAGCUGUAAGGAUGGAUGGGAAUACGACAAAUCAAUUUACGUUUCAACCAUAGUGUCCGAGUGGGAUCUGGUAUGUAGUGAUGCUUGGAAGGUCCCCGUGAUCACCUCUAUAUGUUUCUUUGGCAUCUUAACCGGAUCAUUUAUUUCUGGGCAACUGUCUGACAGGUUUGGGAGGAAAAUUGUUCUGUUUGCAACAAUAGGAGUUCAGACUUUGUUCACAUUCAUCCAGCUUUUAUCCACAUCCUGGCUUAUUUUCACUGCACUUUUCUUUUUUGUUGGAAUGGGUGGAAUUUCUACCUUUGUGGUAGCAUUUGUCCAAGGAAUGGAAAUUUUGACUCCACGCAUUCGGACCAUAUACUCCACUGUGGGUAUCACCAUUUUCUUUGUCAUCGGCUACAUGUUGCUUCCCCUGGCAGCCUACUUCAUCAGAGACUGGAGAAUGCUGCUGAUUGCCAUCAAUGUCCCAGGACUUUUCUAUUUCCCCCUUUGGAGGUUGAUCCCGGAGUCCCCCCGAUGGCUUCUCUCUCAGGGCCGGGUGGAGGAGGCGGAGGCCAUUUUGAGAGGCGCUGCCAAGAAGAACGGAGUCACAGCCCCGGAGGUCAUCUUUCAGGCUCUCCAGGGGUUACCCAAGGUAGAAAAUAAGACAGAAAGCCGCAACAACGUCUGUGAUCUUGUGAAGUCCAAGAACAUCUGCUGGAUUACCAUCAUACUGAGCUUUGUGUGGAUCGCAGUCUCCAUUGGGUACUUUGCCAUAUCAUUGAACUCCUCCAAUCUGCACGGGAACCGCUUCCUGAACUGCUUCUUCUCAGCGGCGGUCGAGGUUCCAGGCAGCAUUCUGUCCUGGCCCUUACUUCGCUCGUGCUCAAGGAGGUUGUGCCUCUUUGCCUCGCUGUUCCUCGGUGGAGCGGUACUACUGCUUACUCCGCUCAUACCGAGAGAUUUGAGUUGGUUGUCUAUUGCACUGGAGAUGGCGGGGAAAUUUGGAUUCUCAGUGGCCUUCACUCUGGUGUUUCCGUUCACGGCGGAGCUGUACCCCACCGUCCUGAGGAACACCGCGGUGGGCUCCUGCUCCACGGCCGCUCGGCUGGGCAGCAUUGCUGCGCCCUACUUCGUCUAUCUGGGAACCUAUCACAAGUCCUUGCCGUACAUAUUAAUGGGGAGCCUCUGUGCUUUGGGGGGGUUGCUUGGCCUCCUGCUUCCUGAGACCUAUGGUUUGCCUCUCCCAGAGACCAUCGAUCACAUGCAGACUAUUCAAAGGUGUAAAAAGAGAAAAACAUCAAAUACUUUUUCCAGGGAUACUUCAGCAGUGGAAAAUGAGUCAGUGUUGUAAAUUUGACUGGAUUACAUCAACAUAUUGGAAAUCGGGUUACAUUAAGAUUGAGCUAAUACUUCUCACAGAUGUAACGCGUGUACCAUCAUUAAAAAAAAAAAACAUUUUUUCCAUCCUGGUUUGUAUUCAUUAUAUGUUUAUUUGGUUGCUGUCAGUGUUGAGUGAAUUACGAUAGCAAGACCUAUACUAUAUAAAGACCUAUAUCAAGGCUGUCAUUUACAACAUCUAUAUGGGUAUUAAAGUCCCCUGAUAGACAAACAAUCAUAGUCCAUAGAAACAAUAGACAACAGUUCUCUAAAUUCCUCCAGAAAAACAGUCUUGUACUUUGGGGGCCUGUAAAUAGUAAUUGGACGUACUUUUUAGUACAACAGCGGGAUAUUCAAAGAACACAAGUUUCCUACGUUCUCCUGUUUGCACUGAAAGUGGUCAGAAAAGAUUCUAGGAACUCCUCCCCCUUUCUUAUUUACUCUAGGUGCAUCAAUGAAGUUGA